AUGGUCUGUCCGGCACUGGUGGAAGCAGCAGCAGUAGUGGUAGUAACAUCUUCACUCAGCAACAAAAUGCCCCGGGGGGGACGGCGGGGCCACAGGGCACAGCUUCGAGCAGCAGUAGUUUAUUCGCAGCACAACCGCAUGCAAUCAACCAGCAGCAUGCGGCUGCUUCCUCCAGCAGCAAUAGCUCCGCGAUCCCUCACGUCCCGCCGCAACACGAACAGCAACAGAACAGUAGCGCCAUGUUCAACAAUGCCAGCCGCGCCCCGUCCUCGACACAUCCCCCUCUUGGCGUGCUCUCGCGGUCGACCUUGCUCGGGCUGA